CCCCCCCCUUUCCCCCCCCCUCCCCCCCUCCUCCCCCCUUCCCCCCCUCCCCCCUCUCCCUCUCCCCCCUUCCCUCCUCCCCUCUCUCUCCUCCCCCUUCCCCUCCCUCCCCCCCCUUUUCCCCCCCCCUUUCCCCCCCCCCCCUCUCUCCUCCCCCUUUCCCCCCCCUUCCCUUUCCCCCCCCCCCCCCCUCCCCUCUCUCCCCCCCCUUCCCCUCCCUCCCCUCUCUCUCCUCCCCCUUCCCCUCCCUCCCCUCUCUCUCCUCCCCCUUCCCCCCCCCCCCCUUUCCCCCCCCCCCCCUUUCCGCCCCCUCCCCCUUUUCCCCCCUCCCCCCUUUUUCCCCCCCCCCUUUUCUCUCCUCCCCCUUCCCCUCCCCUCUCUCUCCUCCCCCCUUCCCCUCCCUCCCCUCUCUCCCCUCCCCCCCCCCCUUCCCUCCCUCCCCUUCCCCCCCCCCUCUCCCCCCCUCCCCCCCCCCCCCUCCCCUCCUCCUCCCCCUCCCCCCCCCCCCCCCCCCCUCUCUCUCCUCCCCCCCCCCCCCCCCUCUCUCCCCCCCUUCCCCUCCCCCCCCUCUCUCCUCCCCCUUCCCCCCCCCCCCCCCCUCCCUUUCCCCCCCUUCCCCCCCCCCCCUUUUCCCUCCCCCUUCCCCCCCCCCCCCUUUUCCCCCUUCCCCCCCCCCCCCCCCUCCCCCUCUCUCCUCCCCCUUCCCCUCCCUCCCCUUCCCCUCCCCCCUUCCCCCCCCCCCCUUUUUCCCCCCCCCCCCCCCCUCCCCCCCUCCCUCCCCCUUCCCCUCCCCCCCCCCCCCCUCCCCCCCCCCCCCCCCCCCCUCCCCCCUCCCUCCCCCUUUCCCCCCCUCCCCUCCUCUCCUCCCCCUUUCCCCCCCCCCCCCCUCUCCCCUCCCCCCUUUCCCCCCCCCCCCCCCCCCUCCCCCCCCCCCCUCCUCCCCCUCUCUCCCCCCCUUCCCCUCCCCCCCCUCUCCCCCCCCUUCCCCCCUUCCCCUUCCCCCCCCCCCCUUCCCUUCCUCCCCCCCCCCCCCACCCCUCCCCUCCCCCUUCCCCUCCACCCCCUCCUCCCCCCCCCCUUUCCCCCCCUCCCCCUCCCCCCCUUCCCCCCCCCCCCUCCCUCCCCCCUUCCCCUCCUCCCCCCCUUUCCCCCCCUUCCCCCUCCUCCCCCCCCCCUUUCCCCCUUUCCCCCCCCUCCCCUCCCCCUCCCCCUUUCCCCCCCUCCCCCCUUCCCCUCCCUCCCCCUCCCCCUCCCCCUCUCUCCCCCCCUUCCCCUCCCCUCCCCUCCCCCCCCCCCCUUUCCCCCCCCCCCCCUCCCCCCCCUCCCCCCCCUCCCCCUCCCCCUCCUCCCCCUUCCCCUCCCCCCCCCCCCCCCCCUCCCCCCCCCCCCCUCCCCCCUUUUCCCCCCCCCCCCUCCUCCCCCCCCCCCCCCCCUCCCCCUCCCCCUCCCUCCCCUCCCCCUCCCCCUCCUUCCCUACUCCCUCCUCCUCCUCCUUCUCCUCCUCCUUCUCCUCCUCCUCCUCCUUCUCCUCCUCCUCCUCCUCCUCCUCCUCCUCCUCCUCCUCCUCCUCCUCCUCCUUCUCCUCCUCCUCCUCCUCCUCCUCCUCCUCCUCCUCCUCCUCCUUCUCCUCCUCCUCCUCCUCCUCCUCCUCCUCCUUCUCCUCCUCCUUCUCACAUGUCCGUAUACAGGAACGUGCAUAUUAGGCCAUGGGCUGAUGCGGUAGGGUGGCCAGUACCUUUCCGCCGAGACUUUGACCCCAACAUGCAGACGUCAGCAUGCCAGUACUCUCACACAGCUGAGUCGACUGGGGGGGAAGGGGGCAGGCGGCCCCUGGACCUUAUGAUUGCAAAGCCACGGUUCUAA